CGCCUCACUAUGGCCCUAGUGCGGGCCGCCGAGCCGGCGGCGGGGCCCUCCCGCUGGCUCCCCACGCACGUCCAGGUGACCGUGUUGCGGGCCCGCGGGCUGCGGGGCAAGAGCUCGGGCGCCGGCAGCACCAGCGACGCGUACACGGUGAUCCAGGUGGGCCGCGAGAAGUACAGCACGUCGGUGGUGGAGAAGACGCACGGCAGCCCCGAGUGGCGCGAGGAGUGCUCCUUCGAGCUGCCGCCCGGCGCUCUGGACGGCCUGCUGCGGGCCCAGGAGGCCGAUGCGGGCCAGGCGCCCUGGGCCGCGGGCUCGGCCGCCGCCUGCGAGCUGGUGCUCACCACCAUGCACCGCUCGCUCAUCGGCGUCGACAAGUUCCUGGGCCGGGCCACCGUGGCGCUGGACGAGGUGUUCGGCGCAGGCCGCGCACAGCACACACAGUGAGUGCGGGGCGCGGGGCGCGCAAACGGCUAAAGGCUGCGCGGGCCGGGAG